UCAGGCAUGCCCACCAACCACGCGUAUAUAUUGCUCUUGCUGCUAUGUAUAAUUAUUCUCUGCGUUCCUUCUGAAGGAGUAUACGCGUUUGGUGCCGGAAACAUUCCAAGUUUCGCUUUCUUGGAGGGCAAGGCGUUCCGUCAUGGCGAUAUUGAAGACACACUCGGCGAGGUAGCGAAGAAAGCCGGAGGUUUUGCACUGGGUGCCCUGAUAGGCAAAGGGGGGUCUAAAUUUGGCGGGCUCGACAUUAAACGUGUCUACUUUGGCAACUGGUUGCGAGACUACAGCCAGGCCGUUGAUGUAGCAGGUCUCCAGAAGCUGCAGAUCCAGACGAUCAUCAACCUGUGCAUGGUCCUAGGAUUCAUGGCACAUGGCUAUGCUACGAACGAAUUCGAAGUCACCGAAGAGCGUCUCGGUGUUUACCUCCCCACUGAGCACAUUGACAACCCGAAGGGGUACCCGGACAACGCCAGACAGUACCACCCUAAGCUGCGUCCUCCCGUAGACCCUAGGGAAUUGGAGGUCGACCCCCGCACCGGGAUGAAGAACUACAUCGCGAACGAGAACGGUCAGUGGGAUACAUCCAAGGCCCUCGUACGGCGCACGCUCGAGCGGUGCAUCUACCUUGGUCGCCAAGCGCGCUCGAGCGGGGCCAAGCAAGAUCUCUACGAAGCUUACCGUCUCCUUGGACAAGCUCUCCACACCCUGGAGGACUUCCCGGCUCACUCCAACUUUUGCGAGCUCGCACUAGCAUCAAUGGGCCACCCUGAUAUCUUCGUUCACGUCGGAGACCAGGUGAGGAUCCAGGCGCAGAAUGGGAAACACGUUGCCCCGCUCGUCACGGGCACCUUCGGAUCCAGCGACUUCAUCCACAGUCUACUAGGAGAGGCCACCGACCACAUCAGUCAAGCAUCCGUGACAGACCUGAACGCCGAGCUCGACAAAGCCCGUGAAAAGUCUAUCUCGCAGGCGAACUCUGGGCCCUCCCCCGCGGACACGCUCCGCUCGCUACUGUUCAAGCUGCCCGGGUCCGAAGGCCAGGAAGCCGCGCGCGAGAUGGAGAGCGUCGAGCGCAUCCGCGCGGGCCCGUCGCAGCCCGGCGGGAAGCGCCCCGAGGACAUGAGCCCGCAGGAGAUGCACGCGGUACUGUGGCAGGUGCUGUCGUUCCGCGAUUCCGUCGUGAAGAAGAUCGAGAAGACGAUCGAGAAGAUCCCCGGGCUCGGGCCCCUGAUUGAGAAGCUCAUGGACUCUAUCUCUGUGUUCAUCUACACCACUCUCGAGCCGUUCCUUAAGCCACUCAUGAAGCAGGCGACCAACGGGCUCAUGGCUGCAUCGGGCCAAGUCAUCGACAGCAAUGAUCAAUAUGAGGUUUUCAACGACCCUAGAGCUUCAGAUCCGACUCACUCGUUCUUGAGCAAGGAUCAUUUCAACCUGAUUCUUAACGAGUGUGCUGGAAACUUGGGCAAGAUCAUCCUCACCUAUACCGCCAACCUCGUCGUCAAGGCCUGGGACGACGGUUCUGUGAACGUUCGCCAGGUUACCGAGGACAUCCUCCAGUGCCUCUUCCACCCCGACUUCCACGACCGCAACUCCCAUAUCCAACGAGAGAUGCUCGAGUACAUGCAACGCUGGGUACAGGGCCUCGGCGGACAACAACACGAGGUACUCCGCCGCCUCACCAAGCAAGCCGUGCGCAACCACGAGAACAUCCGCCUCUCCGCCGCGCCCGGCAGUGGUACCCACAACCACGCCCCGCAGGGAUAUGCCCAGAACGCAGGUGUACAGGCGCAGCACCAGAUCGGUGGCUAUCUCAAUCAGGUGCCGGGUAUGUCGCAGGCGCAGUCCCUUAUGGGUAAGCUCGGCGGGGGACAGGCCGGUGGGCCGCCCAGCAACACCCCCUUCGGCCAGGCGUCAUCGUUCCUGAACCAGUUCACGGGCGGGCAGGGUGGCAGGCGGGAGGGCGGGCACGAUAGCGCCCCACAUGCACCUGGGUUUCCUGGUGCAGGCCCGCCGGAGCCGAGCGUGGGAGGGUAUGGAGGCUCGCCGUUGCCGUCGAGCGGCGAGGCAGCGUCGUACUACAGCCCUGGGCAGUCGCAGCCCAGCGCGCACGCGCCUUCGCAUGCGCCGCCCCAGCCUUCCCAUUCGACGUACCCCGGCGCCUCAAGCUACUCAAACGAGCCGUCGUUCCCUCCCGCAUCCGGUGGUCCUCCACCGCCGCACGGACACGGGCAUGGCCACGGACAUGGACAUGGACACGGACACGGCGGUCCCCCCGAGCCCAUGCCAGGAUACUCGCCGAGCUACGCCGCCCCGCCUGCGCCCUCGUAUGGGUUCCCACAGGCGGACGGUGUGUAUCCCGGGCAAUCCAGCUACCCUGGACAGUCGAGCUACCCCGGACAGGGUGGAGGAGGGUACCCGCCAUACGGCGGACCUCCCCCGCCUGGAGGACCGGGUGGACCGCCACCUGGUCCCCCGGCUGGUUUCGGGUUCCCUGGGCCUGACAUGCCUGGGCCUGGGGGACCGCCUCCGCCGCCGGGCGGGUAUGGCAAUGACAGGCCCUUCGGGUGGUGAGGCGAUAGGAUGGAAAGAGAAAGUGUACGUUCUUGAUGGAUGAGACUGGGCAGGAUGAACCAUGGGUGUUGUCUUGUUUAUCAGUAUGUAGCAGUGCUGUAACGGUUCCGCUCGAAGUGUAUGUUGUACUGUGGAAUGUGUAGCAAAGCAGGAGUCGAAUAGCAAGUUCCAUCCCUUAUUGGUCAUUCGGAGCACUCGAGUGGGAAUGGUAGACUUUCGUGAAGUGUAACUAUUCGUGGUGUGUGGUCCAUCGUCAUUUGGGUGUUUCUAUUUCGUGACUGACGAGCGAUGCAUGCCUCAAAUCUUAUUCGAAGAUAUCGGUUGCGUAGCGACCUUGAAUGGCCUUUUCGAAGAG